AUGAAGGUGAUUGGCUUAACCACCGAAAUGUUGCAAGAAUCUGACACUGGUUUCAAUGGUAUCAUCCCGACCCGACCCGCAUAUCCCCUCGGCAAGAUUUCGUUGGACGUUGUCUUCGGUACACCCAGCAACUUCAUGAAGGAAAGACUCGAGUUCAACGUAGUAGAUUGGGAAUUACAGUACCACACCAUCCUCGAUCGACCAACAUUUGCCAAGUUUAUGGUAGUUCCUCAUUACACGUAUUUAAAGCUUAAGAUGCCAGGCAACAAUGGCAUGCCAAUAACUGUUCACGGAAGUUUUUCUCGUUCCGAUAACUGUGAUAAGGAUUUUCAGAAGAUCGCCUCCAAAUUUAGAGUCAAGGAAGAGCUCAAUGCACUGGACGUACUUACUGAUCAUACACAGUCACCUGCCGAUAAUCGGAACACAAGGUUCAACGAGUUUGAUGCCACCAAAGAAGCAAAGAAACAUCAAGUGCAUCCCUCUGACCCGAAGAAGAUGAUCAACGCAUUGGCAGAUCUUUCUGUCAAAUAG